AGUCAACCUUUCCCCAUCGAACCGUUCACGCCGUCGCUCGCACCCCUCACGCGGAUCCGUCCCGAAUCCAACGCCUGCCACACCCCACCCUCCCGACGGGCAAAUGCUAUAUAAUCUCACGGUACCCACCUCCCAACGAUCCCAUCAAUCCGUGCUUCUUCGAGACAACAAAUCUUCCCCAAUUCCUUCGUCUUGCACGAGAAACCCAACAGACUAGCUAGAGGCUGAGAUGUCUGGGAGAGGCAAGGGCGGGAAGGGGCUGGGCAAGGGCGGCGCGAAGCGGCACAGGAAGGUGCUGCGCGACAACAUCCAGGGGAUCACGAAGCCGGCGAUCCGGCGCCUGGCGCGGCGGGGCGGCGUGAAGCGGAUCUCGGGGCUCAUCUACGAGGAGACCCGCGGGGUGCUCAAGAUCUUCCUGGAGAACGUCAUCCGCGACGCCGUCACCUACACCGAGCAUGCGCGCCGCAAGACCGUCACCGCCAUGGACGUCGUCUACGCGCUCAAGCGCCAGGGCCGCACGCUCUACGGCUUUGGCGGCUAGGCGAUAAGCUUCAUCAGGGAACUGUAGGGAGUAGUUCGUGGUUUGUCGGUGAACUGGUUGCCAUGGUGUUGAUGUUCGGAAUGUGUAGUUGUGAUGUAAUCCAAUGCUUUUGGGAUGAAGAAAUUUAUUGUGAUUCACAUGCAUCUCUCCCUGAACGUAUCAGCAUCAAUCCAAUCCUAAUUUCUGCA